GCCUACCAUGCAUAAACUUCUCUCCGCCGAUAUGUUCUUGAUUGUCGACUUCAACUUUCUGGUGGCUUGGAUAAGAAGGCCUAGAGUGGGUCUAGCCUAGAUUUGACGACAAAAUGACGGAAACCAUUUUCUUGGAAGGCCGGGUAGCAUCAUAGAGUGGGAUGCUAGAAGAAGUCAUUGUUACACCCCAAAUAUUAUCGAAAAAUGCAGUUCAAGAACUUCCUUGUCAUCCUUGCAGCUAUUACUGGGGCAUCUGCUACUUGCACGGGAACGUCAAGCUGCCAGAAAACAUGUAGCUGCACUUGCACGGGCACCACUUUGACCACUAAUGGCGCGUCUGACUGUCCUGAUUGCAACUGCCCGAAUACACCCACCCUGUCGCAACCCAACUCAGGGUUGUCAAAACACCAUCUCGAGAUGCAAUGUUCGAGGCCUUUCAAUCCGUGCAACUAUCAAUUGCUGUGUCAGGGGCCAAAGCCGCCUAACCGGCUUGGCCAAGGAGAUCUAAAUCGCAGUUCAACCUCGCGUUAAUAGUUAGUCAUUAUUAUAGCUAUCAAUUCAGUUUUUUCGAGUCCUCCUAGCCAAGGAGGUACCAGUCAGUUAUUUCUUCUAUUUUG